AGUUGCUGUGCAUAGAUGACUCUACAAGAUUUCCAGAGUAUUCUGAAAUCUCCAAAUCAACUCAUCUUUGUUACCAAUAGAGUUAAAUUGCAGAUUAUAAUACCCCAUCGAGAAUUAAGAAAACUGGAUGCAGUUUCACAGGAAGAGUUUCUUGGACCAACUCCUAAAUUUAGCACUGGAAGAUGUUAACUGACCUUGACAUAAGUGGUGCUGCAUAACCGCUUUAAAGCUGAAAUGGAAGCAUCAGAUCAUACCAAUCCAGAAGAAUACCCCACUGAAAUUCAUGAUUAUCUGGCAACAUUUGAACAAUCUCUUGGUUCUGUAGAAGAGAUGCUGAAAGCAAUGAUGUUGGUUUCUAGGAGUGACCUCCAAAAGUUAGAGCCUCUGGAGCAAGCAAAGCUGGAUUUGGUUUCAGUGUACGCGUUAAAUUCAUUGUUCUGGGUAUACUUGACUAUCCAGGGAGUCAAUCCAAAGGAACAUUCAGUGAAACAAGAACUGGAGAGAGUAAGAACGUACAUGAACAGGGUCAAAGAAAUAGCAGAAAAGAAAAAGGCAUCCAAACUUGAUAAAGGAGCUGCUUCUAGAUUUGUAAGAAAUGCACUCUGGGAACCAAGCCCUGAAAAUGAAAAGAAAAACAAAGGACCUGGCAAAGGAAAAAAGAGAAAGAUGGACUAAAUUUUUGCCUCCCCUUAUAUAAAUUAGAGACGCCUAGGAACUUACCUUGAAAUGUGUUGUGCAUACUGCAUGCACUUUGUGGAGGUGCUGUACAGCAACAUCUUGCUUAAGUUAUAGGUAAGAAUUUUUAUAGGAUUGUAUUUUGUUCAGAACACUUGUCACUCACUUGAUCACAUUGUAUGUGUUAUCUAAAAGUGCCAUUUGAUGCAAGAGAGGUAACAUUUCAUUAUUGAAAUGACAAUGACCUGGCAUAGGCUUGCUGGUAAUACAUACUAGUGAUUUUUUUACUGUUGGAUGAUUAACACUUUUUUUUACAUGUUCUUAAUGUGAAUAUUAAAAUAUUAAAUUGAAUAUUAAAAAGUCUCAA